UACCCAACGUGUAGAGCGUGGGGUCGUGGUGCAUUGUGGGGAAAAAGUUAGCCUUUCUAACAUUAGUUCCAGAAACCUCUACUUUUGUGAGAAUAAACGUCACUAAGCCUACUUUUUCUGCCAUUUACGCUAAGAAUUUGACUAGUAAUGUCUGGAGGGGGCAUUAUGCCCAAGUGCCCUGCCUCUGCGUGCAAAGGAUUUAGCUCGACUCCUGUGAAGACACGCCAGCGUGCAGACUUCCAAGUCUCCGAGGGUUUGGACGACGGUGUUCUAUCCGACGAUGAAGACACGUUUUCGUUGCUUUCUCCGAUCUAUCAUGACAGUUUUGACAGUGAUGAAGAGGAGCUGGGAUCGACUCAGGCUUCACCCAGGCAUGACAAAUACUCCAGGCAGUGCACGUCACCAGCCAGAUCUGAGCUUCCUAAAACUCCCUCUGAGCGAAUGUCCAGUCCAGCUGUGCACCCAGCUGUCUCACCUUCUUCUCACAGUGCUUGGGAAGUGUGGUUGUUGAACAAAACUAAGGAGGAUCGCCUUAAAAUGGAAAAGAAAGUAGAAGAGGAGAGCUUACUAAAAGAAAAACAAGAAAUGCAGCAAAGGGAGCAGGAACUAAAAAAGACUAUCGCUGAAGAGAAGAUUCUGGGAUGGCUAAAAGUCAAAAGAGAACAGGAGAGGCAAGAGCAGCUUCAAAAACAGAAGAAAGAGAAGGAGGAGAUGCAAAGACAGCAAGAAAAACAAAGGGACAUUAAUCAGAAAGCUCAACAAAAAUAUAAAGACUGGCUUCAGAAGAAGAACCAAGAACGAGCUGAAAAAGAAAAGAAAGAGAAGGAGGAAGCUUCGAUGAAGGAGAAGCUGGAGAGGGAGCGCCGAAGGAGCGCAGAGGAGAAGUUUAAGGAGUGGCUGACACAGGCCAAAGAGAAAAGCAGAGCGAGUCCCGCAUUGCCCAGCUACCCUACAAGUCCCUAUGACAAAUCCUACCCUGCACCUAGUUUCUACAACCCGAUCCCCUGGAAGCCGAUUCAUGUCCCUCCUCCAGAGACGUCCCCAAACAAGACAAGUGGAAAGAAACCUUCAAAGCAGAAAAUAACUCAGCAGAGUUCCUGCUCUGCUAUUAGACUCAGAAACACUCAUUUGCUGCAGAAAAGAUGACACCAACAGUCUUGACGAGCACAGGAGUGAUGCUCAGAUAUGACUCAUCGACACCAGCUCUGCUCCUGGACCAAAUCUCUGCUGAUUCAUGGAAGGAUUUUUUUUUUUUAAGUGCCUGUCAGGAAGAGGGCUUGCUGCUGUGUUUACACUUUAGGUUUAGAUUUAUAAACUGCAUUAGAUUGUGUAAGAUUAAUGUUUAAAUGAGCUUACAGAGAUCUUUAUUAUAUUAAAAUGCUAGUAAAAAUCGCAACUAAACAUUUCUAAUCCAUGCUAUUUUGUAAAUGUCUUCAGUUUCCUGUUUUGAGAUGGAAUAAAAAAAUAACGAAGGGGUUAUUUUUCCUAAG